AAAAACUGCACGACGAAGAAGUGGCACGCAUCUCCCCGCGUAGCCAUUUCAACGACUGACCAGUAAUACCUAGUUACCUUUUUUUUUAUGCCCGAAUAAACUACACCGAGACGAAAACCUUGGCCAAAAGUUGCGCCGAUAAAUCCUCCACCAAGCGGCGUCGACGAUGUGUGCGGGGAGCGGGCGGAAGUGCAUCGUAGCAAUCACGGAGGCUAGUUUAAAACACUUCCAUGUUGUGGUGCAGUUUGUUGACUAAGCUUUACAAACACGAACGCUGUCAUAUUUGUGGACUUUCAUUUUUAAUCUAGAUGUUGCUUAGGACCGAAAACAAUGUUGGCGAGCUACGCCUCGGCUUACCUUCUGUUGUGGUUAGCUUAGCAUUCUGUGCCAAGCGGGCACCCGUACACAUGACGUCAUCCUGCUCUGUUUAGCUAGCGUUAGGAAGCUAACGUGGCUAGCUCAAUGAGAGACUUCGGUGAUGCCUGCAGGCGAGAGUAACUGGACAAAGACCCAGGAAGGAUGUGACGAGACGCUGGAGAAUCCUUCGAGUAGGAAAAAGUCCAAAAAGAAAAACGGUGAAAGCAUAGUGCUCCAGACUUUUAAGAAUCUUCGUCUUAAAAAGGACGCCGAGCCCGAUGACGACACAACGCAUCACGGCAACUCGCCGCCUCCCCCAGCAUAACACAAACGUCAACAACAGCAGUAACCAAGAAGACAUUCAAGCAUCUAAAGCCAAGAAAAAGAGCAGGAGGGAGCUUCCCAGCAGACCUCUGCCCAGCAAGAAGGGGAAACGGAAAGAAGAUGCGCCCGCCGACCACGAGGCGGAGCGUGCUGGUGGCGAUGACAAGGACGAGCUGCUGCGGCAGUACCAGCAGCAGAUGGCGCCGGAGGAUGAGGUGAAGGCAGAUGACGCCGUGAAUGACGACACGGGGAGGAAGAAAAAGAAGAAGCCGAAACCUGUGACGACGGAGGCGGAGACGGGAGAUCAGGACCCGGACGCUGAUGUGGAACAUAAGAAGAAGAAAAAGAAGACGAAAAAGUCAACUGUGGACCAAGAUGAAACCAGGGCAGUCCCUGAUGACGGUCUGGUGCUGGGGGUGUACGUGCACAGAACAGACAGCCUCACGACGGACCUCCGCAUCUCUCAUCCCAUGGUGAAGGUCCACUUGGUGGACGAGGUCACCGGCCACUACGUGAAAAAGGAAGACAGCCACCGCCCCGUGUCCUCGUUUUACGAGCAAGACCGCGUGGACCACAUCCUGCCUAUCAUGACGCAGCCUUUCGACUUCAAGAAGAACAAGUCGGUCGUCCCCGAGUGGCAGGAGCAGAUCAUCUUCAACGAGCCCUUCAGACACUUUGUCCAGAAGGACCCCAAGGGCCCCAAAGUGGUCCUCUUCUUUGAGAUCCUGGAGUUUCUCAGCAUGGAGGAAGCCAAAGCCAACGUCGAUGUUGACGUGAACGAGAGGGGGUUCAGGAAGAUCACCUGGGCGUUCCUCAAGGUGCCUGCCAAGCUAGUGGGAGCCAAUGGCGUGCUGAAUACCGGCAGCAAACUUCGCCUCCAGCUCUACUGCCCGCCCACGUGGGCUCGGAGGCAGCCUGGCACCAUUGAGGUGGUCGAGUGGUGGCGACAUUACCCCCGGGUCAAAUACGCGUCCACUCUCUACGUCACGGUGAAAGGCAUCAAAGUACCUCAGCACGUGGACCCCAGCAUUCGCUCCAUGAUGGCCCUGCAGGAGGAGCGAGGCAGCACCACCUACAGCGAGCUGCAGGAGGGCGCCGCCAAGAGGACGUCCACGCCGCACUUGGACGACAAGCCGGAGGUGUUGAAAUGGAGCAGACUUCCCGGACAGGUCUGCCGGAUCCCCAACAAGUCCAUGCUGGCAUUCCGUGGCGGUCGGAUAGGAUGCAUGAGCGUGCUCUUCUCUCACGCCGGGACUCUACUGGCUGCUGCUUGUGCCGACCGAGAUACUUUCCCUGUCGUGGUGUUUGAGAUCCCCUCUGGGAAAGUCUUGACCGCCUUCAGCGGCCAUUUAAAGAUCGUCUACGAGCUCUGCUGGACCUCAGACGACACACGCCUUUUGUCAACCUCCUCUGAUGGAACCGUCAGGGAGUGGAAUGUCGAGGAGCUCCUACCAACUGCCCGGAAAGUUCUCCCACACCCUUCGUUUGUGUACUCGGCCCAGUACCACCCAGCGGCCCAGAACCUGGCGGUCAGCGGUGGCUACGACGGCGUGCUGCGCCUCUGGCGGCUGGACGUGGAAGACGUCAACGGGCAGCUCUUGCAGGAGUUCGAGUCUCACGGCAGUUUCAUCAACACCAUUUGUUUUGACCCAGAAGGCCACAGGAUGUUCUCAGCGGACAACACAGGAAGUAUCAUUGUGUGGAAGACCUCUGUAAGCGAGGAUCAACCUUGGCGUCACUGGUCUGUAGAGAAGAUACAUGCAGAGGAGGACCUGAAGGGAGUGCCCGUCAACAUGCUGCGGGUCCAUCCUAACGGGCGUUCCCUCCUCAUCCAUGCCAAAGACAACGUCCUGAGAACAAUGGAUCUGAGAAUUUGGACAGUGAAAAGGUACACGGGAGCCACAAACCACCGAGAGAGGAUCUCCAGCACUUUCACGCCGUGCGGGAGCUUCAUCUUCUCUGGCAGCGAGGAUGGAAUGGCGUAUGUUUGGAACACCGAAACUGGUGACCAGGUGGCCAUGUACUCUGAGCUUUGCUACAGCUCGGCUCUCUGCGGCGUGUCCUUCCACCCUCACGAGAACAUGGUGGCUUUCUGCGCCUUCGGAGAAAAGCAGGCCGUGCACGUCUACCUCCACGACCGCAAAGUUUCCCAGCUGGACGUGCGCAGCAUGAAGGAGCUCCGGUCCACCUCUGCCGACACCAGGACCACCAGGAACACGCCCGACCCGCUCCCCAGCACGGGGGCGACCUCCGCCAUGGACCACUUCAGCCAGAUGACCCGGCUGGCGUUGAAGAUGCAGCGAGUCAAAGACCAAAUGGAUUCCGUGCUUGAGCCUCCACACAGAUCUUCAAGUGGAUACGAGCCAGUGACCGGAAGGAGCUUGUUAGCAUCGGACAUCAGCACGAUUAGAUCCAACGUGUCACUUCCGCCGCUGUCGGGUGGCUUCAGUCCAGUUGGUCAACAUCGAAAGGGAACGUCGUCCUUCAGGCGUCAGGCUGCUGCUCCCCCGAGCUACAACCCUGGAGUGGACUCCUCUCAACAAGUGGUGGUCUCGCUGUACGACUACAAAGCCAACCGCUCGGACGAGCUGUCGCUGCGGCGCGGCGACGUCAUCCACGUGUUGUACAAGGACAACGACAACUGGUGGUUCGGGAGCCUGGCAGACGGGCAGCAGGGAUAUUUCCUCGCCGCUUACGUGGAGGAUCAGAGAGACUCUGCUGAGGCGCUGGGGGGGCACGACGUCACGUCUGAUGGGACUGUGGAGAGGUCCACACCAACCAGGAUGUCUGCUGCAAUUACUGCUGCCGGGGAACUUCGCUUUCUCUCCGAGCCAAAUAUGUCCGACACUGAGCCAGAAGUGACGAAAGCCAAGCUCAAGAAGAAAAGGAAGGUUAAAAAGCUGCCAUCGCCACCGUUGUCGUCGUCCCAGGCCACGUUUUCCGAGCCGGACGAGGACGGCAGGAGACCGCGGCCGGUCCGCCGUCCUCUCCCCAAGAGACCGAGCAGACAAGCCGACUGUACUUUGCCGCCUGACGCCUGAUUGGAGACUUUUUUGUCAGGUUUGUGCGUAAAGACGACAAUCCUUCCAGAUGUUUUUUUUUUUUUUUCCAUAAAAUGUCUGGACGGAGAUUAUUUAUUCAUAAAGAGAGCAUUUUUUCUUAUUUUUGUUUAGCUUUUUUAUAUACAUGAGUUUAUGUUACCAGGUUUAUGAGGCAAUAAACUGACUUUUUAAAUAAGCUGUAAAGGACAACAUGUACAUAUUUACAAGAUUUAUUCAAAUCAGUGCUUUUUAAUACAGUAUUUACUUGUCCCCUUUUAACAUGAGCGUAUGAACCAUG